AUGGCAGCCUUCCAAAAGACUCGCGGACGCAUAGGCCAGUCAAAAUAUACCAAGCUAUACAUCACUUUGGCUUUACUACAAGGCAUAACGAUCAUUGCUCUUCAAUCAACCAUUGUUGCCGAAAAUCAUGCACAAACCCUCAACAUCGCUUUUAGUUUCCCAUCAUCGGAUCAGCAAAAUAAGGAUGCCGACGUUAUAAUCAAUGAUGCAGUGAAUCGAUGGAUCGAGAUAAAGUGGGAAAACAUUGCCGUCAUUGCUUUUCAAAUUUGGUUUGUCGGGAUGGCUUUCGAUGCUAUCGUAUAUCAAAAUGCAGCAGAAAUCAUCGCCCUCGCCAUACUUAAUAGCAUCUGUGGCUUUCUUAGUAUCAUUCCAAUCACUGAAGCUCAACGUUGGGCCGAUGUUUUCGAUCGACUCUAUAUCGAUUACAGCGUGAUCAUCGAUGUAUCACCGUCUCAGACCGCUUUUUACGCUGAAAUCGCUCAUACUGCUAUCUUCAUUCUAUGCUCUCUCACGUUCAACUAUAUAUCUUAUCUUGUUGUAAAGGAGUUUGGGUGGACGAUUUACAAGAAAAUCGGUCCUAUUGUCGCUAUUCAAAAGAUGUAUCAGAUCUUUCAAUUCUUUGUCCUUACGCUUAAAAUCGACAUUUUUCUCGAAUUCUUCAUAUCCUGUUUUCAUAUUGCUCGAUUUGCAGCCGCGGGUGCAGGACUUCAAUGGGAUGGCUACAUCGAAAUUGCCGUGACCUUUUUAACUUUACCAGCCUUAUACCUUGGACGUAUGACGGCUAGUAGUGAGCAUUAUGGCCGGAUGUUGCUAUUUAUCGGUUUUCAACUCGCAGUGAUAUUCUCACUUGUUCUAAUGUUGUGGAGGACUGUGCUCCGGCAUUCUGCAUGGCAUAUGUGGUUUGCUUUUGUCAUCAUGGCUAUUGUGUUUGCUGUGGCGACGGUGGUACUGGGUGCGUGGACCAUGAGUAACUUUGGCAAGGGUCUGGGGCCUUACGUGCGACGUGGUACACAAAAGAAGGAGCAAAUAUCAAGAGAUGAAUUACUUGAGAGAAGAUCAGUGUCUUCUUGGCGCAUUGACGACGAUUAA